AUGCUGAAUGAGAAAGAGUCCCUUUUGUUGGUAGGACCACGUGCUGGCGACAAUGUGAAGGGUAACAGGGCGUUUGCACGUUCUGUCUUGAUUAUGCUCCCAGAACUUACACCUGCUGCUGUGCUUGGGAACCCCUCUGUGGGGCUUCUCCUGCGUCUGGCCAUAUCACAUGCGAGAGACUGUUUUCGUAGCGAUCCUUCGUUUGGGGAAUUGCUGCGGUCACUUUCGAGCUACUACGUUCAAUUGAAGCGGGUGAAUGCGAGUCAGGGCACAUCAGACUCAAUUAUGGGCUUCGCCACGGAGAUCGCAACCCGUGCAAAAACGAUGCCUAUGCCGAAAAACACUUCUGAGGCCCAAUUAUCUUUUGCCAUGAUCCUGCUUUUUGCAUUAGCAGUAGUAGCCGAUCUGCUUGUUGUGAUCGUUAUUGCUACCUCUGACCAAUGCUGCGGGAGCAGUGAAAGUGCAGCGAUUGCCUUGGCUUCCCUCGUGGCAAUCAUCAUAUUUUUGCUCCUUGGCUUAACGUACCAGAAACUGAAAAGGGCCAAAUCCGACAUCAAAGCCCUUGACAAUCUUUUUUGGAGGCUUGUCGAGUCCUCUUUAUCUUACACACCCACGGAGGAUCGAAACCAAUGCUGUAAUACCCUCUCAAAGGAGCUCGAAACGGGAAAUGAGGUUACAAACGAUAUAUGCGGCUUCCUUGUAGACCAAGAGGUGGUCCAUCAGCACAAAAAGGCUGUAAACGCGCUACUCGUGGAUGCCACGGACGAUGACGGUGACCUCACGCUGCGUUUGAGAAGCCUUCCCCCUGUUUCUAUUGGGCUUGGCGCCGUGCUUCAGCACCUCUUCGUGAUUGUUACGGACCGAGACAGCAAGGUGGUGCUGUGGAGUGAGGGUGCUAUGGCUCUGUGUGGGUUUAGUGCGCGUGACGUAGAGGGAAAGGAUAUAUACAACCUCUUAAACGGCGAAAAAUCUGUUGAGCAAUAUAAAACGAUGGUAGGUGCAGCUGACAAAAACUUUGAUCUCUCGGAACGUGCCUUGACGCUUGCCCACCUGACGUACGGCAGUGUUACUAUAAACGCCACAGUUGUCUCUGCAAGGGAUGCCACGACGAAACAUCCGGUGGGGUACGCUUUGAUUGGGUCUGUACGAGAGGCGGGAAUCUCGCGAACGCUGUCACUCCUUCACGAUUUUUUUGUGACGGAACUCUCUCACAUAGGGUGUAAAGAACCACAGUUUCGCCAGAUUGUGGAUUGCCUGCAGUGGAAGAACUUGCAGGAGUUGUCUUCUUCCGCCAAGGAGUGGGGGUCUGUGCGCCUUCGUGCAGUGCUGUCGGAGAUGGUCCGUGAGCGGCAUCGUCAGAUGGACGUUCGUGUUUUGCCAGAUGUGGCAGAAUUGACACGUGUUUCGUGCGAUAAGGCUUCUGUGGUGUCGGUUCUCUCACGUGCGUUUGGGCUCUUGACAGGAAAGCUACACAUUCAGGUGUCGCUGAAGCGGACAACAGAGUCUGUCCAACAACUCGUGGUCGUCUGUCAGCAUGACUCGACAAAUCCAAUUGAUCACGACACACUUAACAGAUUAGUGCAAGCUGUGAACAGCUUGGGGGGGCUGCUUCUUUCUUCUUCAGGUACAAUAAGGAUUCAAGUACCAUUUAUUGUCGAGGACGGUGCCGGUCAGCCACUGCUGCGCCCCCGUCAUAAUCUCAUGAAGUUCAACGCUAAAGAUCCCCUCAUUAUUCUCCUUUUGGAAAAAAAUGCGGUUUACCGGCACAACAUUUCUGUUCUUGUGUGGAGUUUCGGUCACUCAUUGCGCGUCGUCGAGAGCGUCGCAAAGGCGCUGCAGGCUGUGAAUGACUCGAGUAGCGAUAUUAGUUGCGCGAUUGUGGAUGUUGAUUUGCGGGAUGCAGAGAAGGUGCUCGACGGUCUCUUCUCCCAACGUAUCUACACUAUUGAAACUUCAGAGACCGCCAAGGAUCCCAUAAAACGCGGUAAUUCACUUCUCACCAAACCAAUCUGUCGAGACGCAUUUAGCCAAGAGCUGUUGCAGGCGGCCAGCAAGGUUGAGGAGAAGCGGAGGGCGGAAGAAGAGGUGAUGAAGCGGCGGGAGAUAUUUGGUAAGGUGCGCAACAGCCCGUGGAUUUGUGGACGCAAGCUUGGAAGGGGGGCCUUUGCAGACGUCUACGAGGCAACCUCAACUCUGACAGGCGGCAAAAUGGCGGUAAAGAUGAUUCGCCUCUCUGGCAAAUUUGAGGAAAAAGUAAAGGACCUUAUGAAUGAGAUUGAGAUAUUGUGUAAGCUUACGCACCCCAACAUCAUUCAUUAUUUUUACUGCGAACGGGCGGAGAAUACGAUCAACUUGUUCAUGGAGCUUGCCGAUCAAGGGACAGUGGCCGAUUUGCUGAGGAGGUAUCCACGUCUUCCGGAGAAUCAUCUGCUGAAACUGACAAGGGAACUCUUACAGGCAGUGAACUACCUCCACGAGUGCGGUAUCAUCCACCGCGACAUCAAGCCAGGAAAUAUGCUGAUAUCAAGGGGUGUGCUGAAGCUUUCGGAUUUUGGCACUGCAACGGUCAAUGUUGGAGAGGGAAUGUACGGCACCAUAUUUUACAUGGCUCCAGAGGUGAUUGAGGGCCGCCCGAGCGGAAAGGAAUGCGAUAUCUGGUCGAUUGGGUGCGUGGUGUGUGAGUGUCUUCAAAUCAAGCGGCCCUCCCGAGGCGGCGUGCUCCUCGGUUACGGCGUCCCUGAGAGUUUCCCCCCAGAUAUCUCACCAGAGUUGGUGGAUUUCAUAAAGGCAUGUAUGCACGAGGACCCCUCGGAGCGCGCCUCAGCGGGAACGUUGCUGUUGCAUGAUUUUAUAGUAAAACUGGACCACGAAGUCGACCCGCUGACGCCACUUCCCCUUGACCCAAUGACGACCACAUGGAGCUCGCUCGGGCAUACAGAUCGUUUCACUGCGGCAACCUCCGACUCGGCGCCAAGCUGGUCGCUAAGGGAGUGA